AUGGCGGACCUAGCUGCGCUGCGCGCUCUGUUAGACGAAUCAGACGACGAAGGCGACCCACGGCCGCCGCGGCCUGUGACGCCCGUCCAGGCACCGCCGCCGCAACCUGCACCGCCGCCUCCACCACAGCUAGGGCCGCCACCCCCAGCGCCGCCGCGACGAGCGCCACCGCGGACGACCGCCGCGCCGCGCGCGCCGAGAGCGCCUCCACCACAGCUAGGACCGCCACCUACAGCGCCGCCGCAACGAGCGCCGCCGCGGACGACCGCCGCGCCGCGCGACGACUACACCGUCGUCACGACCGAGAGCGGCCGCAAGCCGCAGCGGCCGGCUCGGAAGCGGCCGGCGCAACCAGGAGGCGGCCCGCAAAAGACGUGCCCCGUCUGCGACGCCAAAGUGCCCCUGCGGAAGGCGCGCUGCGACUGCGGCCACGUCUUCGUCUCGAAGAAGCAGCGCGCGCCGCCGCCCGCGAGCGAGGCCGGCAGCGACAGCGACAGCCUCUUCGACGAGGCCGCCGCGACGCGCGACGCCAAGAGGCUCAAAGUCGCCGAGUUGCGAGCCGCGCUCGAGGCCGCCGGCGCCGACACCGAGGGCCUGAAGGCCGAACUCGUGGAACGCCUCGUCGCAGCGCGGCGCGCCGCCUUCUACGCGCCGCCGCCGUCGCCCAGCGAGAGCGACAGUGACAGCGACACCGGUGUGGAUAUCGCGGCCGAGGAAGCCACGAAAGAGAAACUCCUGGCCCUGCUCGCGGAGUGCGACGACGACGACGUGCCGGCACCGGCGGCGCCGAAGACGAAGAAGCAGAAGAAGCAGGCGCGGCCGCCGGCGGGCGGCGUCCCGAAGCCGCGCGGGCGGGCGCCGGCCGGCGCGACCUGGGACCGGCCGGCCGCCGCGGCGGACACGAGCGGACUCCGUGCCACGCUCGCGAGCGCCCUCGACGGCAUGGUCCGGACCGGCGAUUUAAGCAGGGAGCAGGCGGCGGCCGUCCUGCGCGAGUACGGGCGCCUCGCGCCCGCCGGCGCGCCCCUCGACCGCCGCCGCGUCAAGGACCGGCUCGUCGGGAAGAUCGAGAAGAUGUUCGCCGAGGCGCCGCGCACCUCGAAGAAGGAGAAGAGCGCGCUGGAGCGGCUGGAGCGCGAGGCGCAGUACGUGGAGGAAGGCCCGCGGCUCGCCGACUACGGCAUCGACGGCGCGUCGGGGCUCGAGCUCGGGAACCCGCUCGGGCUGGAGGACUAAGUGUUGUUGUUUGUA